CAUAGAGAACAGAGGCAGUGUGGUGGUAACCCUCAUCUGCAGAGAGGCCUGAAGUUUGGAGGCGGCACACUGCAGCCGGGACCUGUCACAUUACUCUCAGCUCCACAGUGGGACCAGGGCACCUGAAUACAAGCUGAGAAGGAGGGUAACAUAGUGAGAGAGGGAGAGAGAGAGAGAGAGAGAGAGAGAGGAGACCAAACACAGAGGAACAAGGACACCAUUGCAGCAGCACAGCCCAACUUGGGAGACACUUUUUACCUCCUCAGUCGAGGGGGACCACAGCAGCACGUCACCAGAGAUUUCCAGAACAGUAAACACUGUUCUAGUCCCUUUUGUAAGACAUUGGAUCUGUUUGAAAAAGAGACAGCACAAUGGAUGAUGAUGCUCUAAUGGACUAUGAGUACCCAGAACUGGAUCCUUUACCAUCCAAAAUAGAAGUUGAAAUAAUCCCCCCAUGUGACCCUACUGCGGAUGAGAGGCUCUACCACAUAUGCAUCGCUGCUAUAUCUCUUGUUGUCAUGCUGAUCCUCGCUAUCUUGGCCAGGCGCACAAAGCUGGGAAAAGGACAGAAGGGACUCCCAGGUUUACUCAGUCCGGUGAACUUCCUGGACCACACCCAGCACAAGGGCCUGGCAGUGGCUGUGUUUGGAGUACUCCUCUGCAAACUAUGUGGCAUGGUGAUCGCGCCAAACCCCCUCCCCUUCUCCACAGACUCAGAGAACAAACAGAACUGGAUGAUUCUUGCCCUGUUCUAUUACCCCGCUCUAUACUACCCUCUCCUGGCAUGUGGCACCUUACAUAAUAAAGUUGGCUAUGUGCUUGGCAGUCUGUUGUCAUGGACACACUUUGGUGUUCAGGUCUGGCAGAAAAUUGACUGCCCCAAAACACCUCAGAUCCACAAGUACUACUCCCUUUUCUCCAGCCUGCCCCAGAUAGCUUGCCUGGCAUUCCUCAGUUUCCAGUAUCCCCUUCUCCUAUUCAAGGGCUUAAAGGGCACUGAAAAAAGCAAUGCUACUGAGGAUCUAAACAGCAGCUAUUAUAAAGACUAUGUGAAGAGAAUCCUGAAGAAAAAGCAGCCUGCUAAAAUCAGCACAUCAAGCACAGAGAAACCCAAACUCACUCAAAGAAUAAUUGAUGCUGUGAAGGCUUACAUUUAUACACCAGAGGAUGUUUUCCGUUUCCCGCUGAAAUUGGCGAUAUCUGGUGUAGUGUCAUUUAUUUCCCUAUACCAGAUGGCACUGCUGCUGGUGCUGCUGGUGGUGCCAACUCUCCAGUCCGCCCGCAUGGGAGUCGAUGAAGAGAUUGCCAUGGUGUUAUCAGGCUUCAAGAUUGAGCUGUCCCCAGACAAAGCAGAAGUGGUCAGGAUAGUGGUCCAUUACAUAUGGUGUGUAGAAGUGUCCUAUAUCUCUGCAAUGACCCUGGCCUGCUUGAUCAACCUGGCAAUGCUCAUGAGGUCCAUGGUUCUGCAUCGGUCAAACCUGAAGGGGCUGUACAGAGGAGAUAUUUAUAAUGUGUACAACUGCCAGAGAAGCAUCAGGCCGUCUCGCCCAGCACUGGUCUGCUGGAUGGGAUACACCAGUUUCACUGCAGCACACCUCUGCUUUGGCAUGAUCGUCCAAACCAUGGUGUUCUUCCUCUGCCUUCUGAUCACAGUCUUCCUCAUUAUCAUGCCCGUCUUUCAUGGGCAGAAUCUAAUACUCUUUAAACUCCUGUGGAGCAUGUGGCCCUUCUGGUUGAUGCUCCUCUUGGCUGUUGUUCUUCAACAUAUCACUGCCAGGUUUUGCUUUAUCAAAAAAACAGCAGGCACACGCGACCUAGACAAUAGGGGCAGUCUGUUCCUGCUGACCUACCUGCUGUUUCCAGUCAAUGUCCUGAUUGGGGUACUGCUGGGACUGUGGCGCAUGGUCAUCACAGCCCUGUUCAACAUCGUCCAUUUGGGACGCAUGGAUAUCAGUCUCCUUAACCGCAAUGUGGAGGCAUUUGACCCAGCCUACCGCUGCUAUGCUCAUUAUCUGAAGAUUGAGGUGAGCCAGUCUCACCCUGUGAUGAAGGCCUUCUGUGGGAUGCUGCUCCAGUCUGCGGGCCAGGAGGGCAGCGCUGCACAGAGGGCACGGGAUGCUGAGGAAGGGAUCCAGCUGGUCCAGGAGAAGAAACAGCUCAGAGUGUCCAGUGCCAAGAGAGCUCGUGGGCACUGGCAGCUCCUCUACACCCUGGUCAACAACCCCUCCCUGGUGGGCACCAGGAAGCACUUUCAGCGUCAGACCACAGAGAGCUUUCUGAAUGGAAGCCUCAACCGCACCGCCAAGGACGGGAGCAAAAAGGAGGCAGGAACCAAGGAGGCAGAGGAAGCUGCCAGCAACUGAAAGUGAAUGUGACCCCUUUAUGGAUUGGCUGCAAGGUCUCUCUUGGUCUGUGGGCAAAUUAUACAGUACAUUUGUCCAUCCAUAGAUUUGUCCGCAUUUGUUGAAAUAAGUGCACUUAUAGGUAGAGCUGUUCACUAAGCUUUUCCUGUGUUUGUGUGGAGAAUCUGAGUCCAGUUUGUACACCCCAUGUUUCACUGUUUGUUUAUGUCUGAGGACCAGAGUCUCCAGUCAGGCAGGAAAGCUGGUGUGGCACUGAACUCCUGUCUAACCACACUCUCACACCAUGUGCCAUAUUCAACACAUUCCUGUGUGUGUUUUAAAACAGCACACAUUUGUGUUACUUUUCAGCACCGUAUACUGAAUGUUAAUAGCAUAUGUUUCGCCAAUAUGUUGUUAAUAACGCACAGUGUUAAAAUGUAAUGCAAAUUUGUGGUUUGCCAAACUAGACACAUGGAUGUGCUGAAACUGAGGCAUUUUUUAAAGAGUGUAUUUAUAUAAGGUUAGAAUAUGACUAUUUAUGAAUUUACAGAAUGAACUGUUUUCCUAGACUGAGUAGCCUCAAUAAUUUUCAACUUGUUCAGUUUUCCCUAAUUAACACCCAUUUUAUCUAAGUCUUUGGAAUAGGAACGAUUAGACAAAUGAAAAUGUGUGUUGUCCUGGUCUGUUGUAUUUUUAGGCCUUUGCAUACAGAAACACUUGCAGGCCUGCGUAAUCGCCGUUCAUCAGCCUUUCCUUUUUCUUUUCUGGCUGUGAGCAUUUUACUCCCAAACUCUCUUUAAGAUACUUAUGUGCUCUAGUUUCUUAAUUUUGAUACCCACCGUCGUUUGUUUCUGCGUUGCAUGUAAAAAAAAAAAAAAAAAGUGCCUUCUUUAAAGGUGAAAAUAGGAAUACCCCAAUUUUCUUUUCUGAUUGACUGUGAAAAUAAAACUGAAACGAAACUGUU